GUCACUUCCAGGCGGUUGUGUUGGUGUUUUUUUAACUCUUUUUAUUAGAAGAAUUUUCUUCCUCUUGCAUUGGCUGUGGGAGGUUGGCUCACGCUGUCUUAUUGGGUUCCCAUCCCGCUUAGGAGAGACGGUGAAAAAGGAGGGGGGGGUGAGAGAAAACCGCCCCUGGGAAAUACAGCAGAGGGAACAUGAACGGAGCUGAGGAGCAGCACCUGGAGGAAGGGUCUGAGACCCUGGAGCCGCAAACAAUCCCACUGGGAGGUGGUGAAGAGACAGUUUUCCAGAGCCCAAGCCAGGGAAGAACCUACAAGAGGCGGCGCAGGUUGCAAACACCCAAGAGAAUCCCAGCAGAGAAGGGGCCGGACAGUCCAAGGGAGAGCGAAAAGGGCUCCAGUAAGCACGUGGAGUCCUCUUCAGAGGUGGGAGCCAAGGCCUGUGGAAAGGUGCCCAGUUGCUCGGCCUGUGAGCAGAGCUUGAAGGGGAAGAUCUUCUUUCAAAGUCUGGGCAGGUUUUAUGGUCAGAAGAAGCCGCAUGAAUGUUGGAAAUGUGGGAAAUGCUUCCUGCGGAAGAAGGAUCUGGCCAGACACCAGGGAGUUCAUAUCGGAGACAGAUUCUACAGCUGCCUGGACUGCAGGAGAAGCUUCAGCCAAAUGGCAGGGCUUACGAGACACCAGAAGACGCACUCGGGGGAUCGGCCCUUUCCUUGCAUGGACUGCGGGAAAAGCUUUUGCCUGAGACAGGAGCUUACGAGCCACCAGAGAACCCACACAGGAGAGCGACCCUUCCUGUGCUCCCAGUGCGAGAAGCGAUUUAGCCAGCUGGCGCAUCUCACCGCGCACCAGAGAACCCAUGCGGCGGAGAGGCCCUACCCCUGUGGGACCUGUGAGAAAUGCUUCAAGCAGAGCCAAGACCUCAGAAAGCACCAGCGCACCCACACGGGAGAGCGACCUUACCCCUGCACUGAGUGCGGGAAACGCUUCAACCACGUGUCGAACCUCAAUGCCCACUGGAAGGUGCACACGGGCACCAGGCCCCACACCUGCAAGGAGUGUGGGAAAAGUUUCCGCAAGAGGCAGGAUCUUCUGCGACAUGGGAGGAUCCACACGGGAGAAAGCCCCUUUGCCUGCGGCCACUGUGAGAAGAGCUUCCGGCAGAAGAAGGAUCUGAACAGACAUCGGAGUGUCCACACAGGAGAGAGGCCCCACCCCUGUCUUGAAUGCGGGAAAAGCUUCCGGCUCAAGCAUGCUCUGGUACGACACCAGGCAACCCACCCACGGCUCAGCCCCUAGAAACGGGACAGCCUCCCGCAUCGCAGGGAGUCCCUGGAAGGCAGAGUCUGCAUUGCCCAAUCCUUUCUGCAGCUGACCGGGGAGCACUGACUGCAUGAGGGACUUUUGCCAGUUUCUUUUUGUGUUAGAAGUUUAUAGCUUGUAGUUCAG